AUGACUUAUAUGAUCACCCGUACGAAGCCAUCAAAACAUGUUUUCAAGCACAGCGUUGCAAAAGGAGAUCUAUUGUGGCAUCGUUACCAGUCUUCAAUUUCAUAACGAGUCUAUUUUGCUGGCGGGGCACGGUCCUUACUUAAAGAUAUUCAACGUCAAGACAGGUGAAUUGUUAGCAGCUCGAUGCAUUUUGGAAGCUAACCGUAUACACAGAAUUGUUCAGGCUCCCUAUAACUUUAUUGAUGAUAAUGGAUUCGACACAAGAAAAUAUGCAUUAUAUGGAUCAAAAUACCUGUCUUUAGUGAACAUCAAAGUAAAAGAAAAGCAAGCUUUUAUUGAAGUGGAAAACUCCUUUGGCCCCUUCCAAGAUUGGAUUAUGGAUGCGAAUUGGAUUUAUGACGAUGCAAGUAGAAAAGAUCCGAAACAAAUGAUGUUAGUUUAUGCUCAUAACUUUGCUGAGGUGUACGAAUUCAGUUCAACAACAAGAGAGCUAGAAUUGAUCUAUUCUGUGCAAUGCGAAACGAGAUGUAUUCUAUAUUCCGCACGAAUCUAUGGACAUACCAUGGAGAAGAUGAUUAUAGCUUCAGGAACAGUUUUUAAUGAAGUCCAUUUAUGGAAGCCGCACGUCAAAAAUGCGAAUAAUGAUGCCAUUGUUUUUGAAAAACUGACGGGCCAUGAAGGUGUCAUUUUUGGAUUAAGAUUCAAUGAAGAUGGUAGCCAAUUGGCCAGCGUAUCUGACGAUAGAACAAUACGUAUUUGGCCAUUAAAGGAAGAAAAAAACAAGAGACCGCUGGUUCUGUUUGGACAUACAGCUCGUAUUUGGGAUUGUCAAUUUGUCAACGAAUAUCUCGUCAGUAUAUCCGAGGACUCAACUUGCCGCGUUUGGCGAAAUACGUUGUUGCAAGAUAAGAAGGAUGAAAAUGAUGAAGAUGAUGGUAGCUGUAUUGCAUGUUGGGAAGGACAUGCAGUCAAAAAUGUCUGGAGUUGUGCCAUAAAUCCCACGAGCAAAAUUGUUGCAACAGGCGGACAAGAUUCUGGUAUACGUUUGUGGUCUCUGACCUCGGUCACGAAUACUACAAUUGAUAGUGACAAAGAUUUGAUCGAAUUUCCUUUACCGCUUGGCAGAGAAGAGGACAACAUUCGCAAUUUUGCAGUGAUUCAGAGUCGAUGGAUAAUAGCCGUUACAGAAACAGGUUAUAUCUUGAAAUGCGAUCUCCAUGCUUCAUUAGCCCUUGACUGGCGAGAAGUUGAAUUUGAUGCGUCUUACAGAAAUUACGCUAUUAUGCAGAAUUCAGAAUGCGGGAGAGUUGUGGUUAUAGGCAAUAUUGUUGGAGAACUUGUAUUUAUAAGCCCAACAGAUGAAUUCAAGCCAUUCAAAAUUGCUGCUCAUAAACAAAAGCUCUUUGAAAUUUUCAUCAAACAAUCUUCUGAUAUAAAUGUUUUGUACAUCAUCUCCAACGGCUAUAAUGAUAGCGUUCUUUUUCACAAGCUUGACCUGUCAGAAUCUGAGCCGUUUAUAUCAACAUUAUACAAUAUCGAAAUGCCAUCUGAGCGCACAACAGUAAUGUCUCUUGAUUACGCGGAAAAAGAAAGCAUUUUAAUAUGCGGUUCGCGAGAAUCGGCGCUUGUGAUCUAUCAACUGCCUUUAAAUAAAGCGACCAGAACCAACCACAUGGAGAAUGUAAAACCAGUAUUACAACUUCGAAAGUCUCAUGGUAAACAAGCCAUUACCAGUGUCUUGAUUAAAGAGCCUAAAGAUAAUAGUAAUCGAUCUAAAGAAGGCUCCGAAGAAUUUGAGAAUGAGGCAAGCCUUACUUUCUGGACUACCGGACGCGAUGGAUGCUAUAUACAAUAUCGAUUACGUACCUCUGAUGGCACGCCUACUGAGCAAAAAUAUAAUGAAGAAGGAGCAACAACCAACGCGACCCUCCUGGGUGUGGCAAGUCGUGGAGAUACUGUUAUAUCUGGUAAUCAAUUAAUUCUCGAGAAACUGUAUAGAAAUCGUGUUACCAAAGGCACUUUAGAAGGUUCUCGCUUCGUGAACAAUGAACUUUUACUUUUGGGCUUCUUCCGCAAAAAAUUCUUUGUCUAUAAUGAAAAGAAAAACUUUAACAUGCUUUCUGUCAACUGUGGAGGAGGGCACCGCCGUUGGAAUUUCUAUACAGAAGAUGCUAAGUUGAAUAAGUCUGUUUUUGCAUUCAUCCGCAAAGAGUCACUCUAUGCUUAUGUGCGCAAUACGUCUGGUGAAGCAGACGGUUUCCAUGACAGUAUUCUGCAAGACUACUACCAUGGAAGAGAAGUUCGAGCUCUAUGUUUCCUACCCAUCUCAGAUGCAAUGGUAUUUGCUACCGGAGGUGAAGAUACAAUACUUCGCAUACAGCAAUAUAUACCAUCACUAUCCACAAUACAAACGCAUGUCAAUAUUCGGAGACAUACUACAGUUAUCAAAAAUAUUGCUCACAGUCCUGCUUUGUCACCUUCUUCCUUCUUGUUAUUCACAAGCGGUGGAUUAGAAGAAUUAAGAGCUUGGAAAAUAGAGUCAGAAGUUUCUAAAGAUUCUAGAGAGGAAAUCAAUCUGAGUUGUUUGGCCAUGGCGAAAUGCCCUACUAUCAGCGAAGACAUUGAAUCUAGAAUCAUGGAUACUACUGUAUAUCUUUUCCAACCAGGUUUACAUAUCGUUGGUGCUGCUUACUCUGAUGCCAUGAUUAGACUGUGGUUAUUUAACGAGAAAACAAGGAAGUUCUCUAUGGUGGCAGAUGGUACUUGGCAUGCUAAAUGCAUUCUUCAAAUUACACACGUCACAGUCAACGAUCAUGUUUACUUUGUCACUUCCGCGACGGAUGGUAAAGUAGCUGUGUGGGAUAUUCAUGAGGAUCUACGUAAAGCGAUGACAGAAAGCGCUACUGAACAGAUAGAAGAUGAACCACUUAAUGCCAAUUUCAAAUUAACAAAGCCUGUUUCAUAUUUCAAUGUGCAUAUGUCAGGCGUGAAUGCGUUAGAAAUCGUACCGUACAAAGAUGAAGAUCACUUUUUAAUCUUCACAGGUGGUGAAGAUAAUGCAGUAGCAGUUUCUCUAUUCAAUGCAAAGGAGCAGACUCUAGUGAAACAACCUUUUAUUGUAGCCAACGCGCAUGCAUCUUCUGUAACCGGCAUCAAAUAUAUUCACAACGUUCUAAUUACUGUUUCAACAGACCAGCGUUUGAAUGUAUGGAGCAUUGUGGAUAAUGACAUGAAAGGGAUCACUCUUUCACUUAUACGAGCCGCUUACAUGGACGUACCCGAUCCUUCGGCUCUUGAUGCAAUCAUUUAUAAUAGCGAAAUUCAUGUUGCGACCACUGGCAUUGGUUUACAGAGUGUUAAAAUUCCCUUAGAAGAACUGUAGUUAGACUUUCUCAAAUAUAAACUUUUAUUAUAUUCCCACUACCGUGUAAAUUUCCUUGGGUUGAGGCCAUAGAAAUAGUAUAAA